AUGUGGGCUGUUGGUGAAACGUGUCUAUAUUCGAAGUCACCAAAUGGAGACUACACUUUUGCCUGCAUCAAGGAUGUUGAUGAUGUUCAAAAGCGACUUCUUAUUGGCUCCUUUGCUGAAGACGAUAAGGAUGAAUGGGUUCCAAUGUCAUGUGUGCUUGCCAUAGACAACGAGAGUCAGCUCCUCAGUGCAAUCUCCGCACCAAACGCCAGUGCUGCUUUUCAGGAGUUGGAUAAGUUAUUUUUCACCUCAAAGGUCAACAAAGCACUCUCCUUGGAGGAUAGUCCGGAGUCGUGGAGUGAGGAUGAGAAUUAUUAUUACGCUGAAAUCCAGGAAAUAUACACGGAAACUCAAACCUGCAACGUGGCCUUCCUCUACUAUGACAAUGAGGAAGUGGUCAACCUGAGUGAUCUCUACUCCCACAAGGCCCCCGAGGCCAGACUCGUUACAGAUGAGGGGAAUAUCCGAACAGCAGCUGAGAGGCUCAUUUCAACUUUGUGCGACCAAAUGGAGGGGGUUUCUACCGAGCCCGAACCUGUUGGUGUGAAUGAACAAUCAACAAGCAAGGACAGCACCCAGGAGAACCCUCCGCCCACAAAUGCGGCACCAGCCAGGAAUGCCGAACAGAGAAAAGCAAAGCCAGAGUCUGCUGUUGUUGCUGGCACAUCAAUUGAAACUACCAUGGGGAGUCUUGCUCCGCCGCCCUAUCCUGUCCCCCUAGCCUUGCCGCCGAACUGGAAGGAUCUGCUCAUCGCGGAUCAAGCUCCUCUUCAAGCUCUCCUGACUAGUUGGUUCAUGUGUGGCUACCAUACUGGCUACUUUGAGGUGCGUUGUCCCCUCCCCCUCUCCUCGUUCUCUUAUCUUGCUAUUCCGGAGCCUUCGUGUCACUCCCCUGGGAGUUUAGUGGGUGCGGAUAACUUCUAUGGCCGCCUAAACGGGACACAGAAACUGUGA